AUGUGCGGUAUCUGGGCAGUGAUCGGUGAGAAGCCGACCGUCUUACAUCACGAGCAGUUCAUGCGAAUUGUUGGACGUGGCCCCGAUCUCACCGUAGUCGAACAAGUACAACCUGAUGUUUUUCUCGGAUUUCAUAGGCUCGCAAUUGUUACGCCAGGCCAUACACCGAGUGAACAACCUGUCGUUGGCUGUGGUCUAGCCGUCGUAUGUAAUGGAGAGAUCUAUAACCAUAAAGUAAUCAAAAUAGCAUCAAACGUAGUGUUGAAGAAUGACGGAAGUGACUGCGCCGCCAUUAUUCACGCUUUCAUCAAUUCAGGUUGGAAUCUUCGAGAAGCAUGCGCUAGCCUUGAUGGAGUGUUCGCCUUUGUUAUGGCCGACGAGAAUAACGUCUAUAUUGGACGCGAUCCACUUGGUGUUCGUCCACUUUUCUACGGAUUUUCUGGAUCAGGAGCGCUCGUUGUUGGCUCGGAAGUGAAAUGCAUUGAGAAGUUAUGUGAUCGAGUUGAUUAUUUCCCACCAGGAUGUUGUUCCGUAGUUCCAAUCAAUAACCGUACCAAGUCCAUCGCUGUUCAAUCCUACUAUAAAAUUCCAUGCAUUGCUGAUCGCUUUUUAAGCAUAUCACAUGCUCAGACUCUAAUUCGGGAGGUGCUUGUAAGUUCUGUCGAGAAACGUCUUAUGGGCAAUAAACAAUUCGGAUUCAUGCUUUCCGGUGGCCUCGAUUCAUCGUUGAUCGCAUCGAUUGCCACGAAAUUGCUGAUGAACAAACCGAUCGCAUUCUCUGUUGGAUUUGAAGACUCGCCAGAUUUGGAGAAUGCGAGACGAGUUGCCGAAUAUCUCGACAUACCUCAUGAAGUUCUUAUCAUCACGCCAGAAGAAUGUAUUGAGAUUAUUCCAGAAGUCAUCUACGCACUGGAAACAUUCGAUCCGUUUGUGAUACGUUGUGGAAUUCCUCAUUAUCUGCUGUGUAGGCAUAUUGCAAAGACAUCUGAUGUGAAGGUGCUUCUGUCCGGUGAAGGUGCUGAUGAACUUUUCGGUUCGUACGCUUACAUGCAACGUGCGCCGAAUGCUUUCCAUCUACAUAAGGAAAUCCUACGUCGUUUAACGCUUCUUCAUCAAUACGACGUUCUUAGAUGUGACCGAUCGACAUCAUGUCAUGGAUUGGAGAUUCGUGUUCCCUUCCUGGAUAAGAAAUUCAUUGACCUCGUCGCUCGACUUCCUCCUACGUACAAGCUGAUCCCGAGAAAAUUGGAAAAAUUCUUGCUGCGCAGCGCCUUCGAGGGUUGGCUUCCCGAAGAAGUUCUAUGGAGGAGCAAGGAGGGAUUCUCUGAAGCUCUAGGCAAAACCGAUAUCGGUGAUAUCGUUCAUCGUUACGCAUCCUCCAUUAUUACGGAGGAGAUGUUUGCUGAAAGAGCGGAUCGUUUCCCGGAUAGAGUUCCAGAAACCCCGGAAGAAUAUUGGUAUCGGCAAAUCUUUGAGGACACAUUCCAUUAUGGUAAAGUUGGACCGUUGGUUCAUACAAAAGUCUAUAGAACGGCAGCAUGGCAAAUGGUCGAAAAAGAGGAGAAUAUCAAAAAAUCCCUGGAUAUUAAACAAGAACUACAAGCAAUGAUGCGUUUCCGACGACGAUCAACCGGCAGCGCAACCCUUUCUGGAGUCGCAUAA